AUGCAGUACCUUGUGCUCUUCUUCAUAUUGGCUGUUCUGGACCAUAUCUACUUCAGAUGCAAGUUCGUGAGAGAGAAAGGUCCAGCCGUGUGGUGUGGUUUUCCUUUCGUCGGGAUCCUCCCCGUACUGCUUCUACCGAAGCGUCUCUACAUGCCAAUAUAUGAUUGGUAUCUCAAGACCGCGCCAGAUGUGGUCAUCACACGCCAUUUCUACCCGGUAACGAUCGUCAAGAGACGUUACGUGAAAGAAUUGCAGAAGAACGAUUCAUGUAUUCAUAGAAUAUCGAAUGCGCUUUUCGAAACCUUGGGCGAGCUCUGCACUGGUAGACAGGGCUGGUCACUGUUCGAUGGUCCCUUCCCCAACGCGGAUUGGAGGUCCUCCAGGAAAGUGAAUGUCAUGGCCCUACACGUUUUACCGAAGAGAAGAAAGUUUGACAAGAUCGCCGAAGUCGCGAAAACAUUCCUCGAGAAAAUCGAAGAGCGGAACGGUGAGUCUUGGGACUUCGAGGACGACCUGACCUUCUCGAAAUUCCAGGAAUCUGCCAACCUCAAUCUCGGGGCAACUUUCGAUUCCGACGACAUAAGUGGUUUCAUCCGCGACCUGAAAGCAGUGAUGACGGUCGCAUUCGGCCUCUUCUGCGUCAGUGUCGUCAUUCCUCUGAAGAGUCUCUUCACUCUCGAGAGGUGGCUCCCGUACUCGAAGAGACCGUCGGUUUUCAGCCGGGUAUACAAGGAGCUCUUAUGGCGGCUGCAAUUUGAAAAGAUGGCCGCCGUCGGCGGGGAAGCCCAUGACUACGUCGAGGCUCUGCUCCGGGUCCGGAGCCCAGAGGUCGCACACCAAAAUCUGCGGGAAAACGCUAUCUUCCUUGUCGUCGCGUCAACGAUGACCACAUUGCACAGCACGGCAUCAGCUCUAUGUCACCUCGCGCUGCAUCCUCGGUUCCAAGAGAAAAUUCUUCGAGAAUAUCAUGAAGUCGUCGGUUCUUCGAAACUGACUUCGGACCACCUGGAUGACAUGCACUUUCUCCGAGCAGUCGUCAACGAGGCCGUACGCAUAUCGCCGCCCAUUCCUCUCGUGGAGAGAUACACCCGUAGCCGCUGUCAACUCGGCGAUAUUGAUAUCCCAGCGCACAUGCCGCUCCUUGUUUUAAUGCAGUCGGAGGUAGUAGAUCCGAAGACGUAUCCUGAUCCCGAGGUCUUCAACCCGUUCCGGUUCUUAGACGGAAAUAUGAAACUCAAAGACCAAGUACAGGCUCCGUUUGCGAGAGGUAAACGGAGUUGUCCGGGCCAGGAUAUAGCAUUGAUAAGCAUCGCUGUAUACGUCGCCGAGAUUGUGCGACAUUUUGAACUUAUACCGGAGAACCCGAAUGCCAAAGUCCCAGGCUAUGACGGGGCUGUGUUUCCGAGUCUGCCUAAAAUCCCCAUCAGAUUCGUCCGCCGCCCAGGAGCUCCCGCCAUCGAGCAUGUAGCGCUGAAGGGUGGCUUGACUGCUAUUAUCCGACAGGUGGUUGACGACGACAAAAAACUCAAUUCGAACUCGUGA